CGUACUCCAGCGGCGGACCGUCCACACUUGCGUGUAGCCGCACCCGGCUUCGCGCUCUUCGCUUUUGUCGAAAUAAUUUGUGAAAGCAGCUUGUUUGGAAAGUUAAUCGGCGAUGCAAACGAUUUUUUGAGAAUUCUCGGAAGUGACAGUGGCAGUGAGGUGAAGUGCGUCACAGUUUCUCCGAGUUCGAUCUUUUUGGGCGUUCUGUAGAAACGAGCAGAGGUAGCGCGGCGCGCACAAGAGGCCGCCUCUAGGAAAAGAGCGCGUCUCACGCGUUGCGCUACAUCGGAGUUAUGCGAUGUUCGUGAAACUAUCGCGGAACGACAUAGGAAAUGAUGAAAAAAAUUCGUAACUGAUCGAAGUGAAAGCGAUUUGUAAUAAGCGAAUCGAUGUUGUUGUAGGUGUGCGUGGAUUCGCAAUGAUUUUUGUCUGGUCGAACCGGGAGUAAGAAAAGAGGCUGGCGCGCACCGAGUCUACCUCGGUAAAAGACCGCGUCUCGCAGGUUUGCCGUGUGCUGCGAUAGCUAUUGUGCGAUACGAUUGUCUAAGCUUAUCGAUAUUCUUAAAAUUGUAGUACUUGUCAUCGCAUACGAUCGAGGUGAUAGAGCGUAGAAAGAUUUAGCGAACAGUUUGUACACAGUGUCAACACGUACAAAGGUAUCGUACAGGGAACGCAACCGGCGACGAUAUAUCCCGCGUGGUACGUAUACGCAUAUACGCGUAUAACAUAUAUACACGUAAGCGCGAAUACGCGUUGGUGUGGCAUGCACAUAAGGACUGUGGACUCAUAAAAUCGUGGUGUAUCGUUUAGUCGCGUGUAUCGAAGUGGCCUGUCGCGAAGCGCGCUUACAGAAAGAGAGCCAAUACUGUGGAAAAGUUGUUGGACAAACGGUGAGGGAGAGAGAUCAGCGAAAGAGGAAAGGUAUCCGUUUUGUUGGACGAUUGGCGCGUGGCGAAAACGUUCGACGGUCACUUGGCACGUAUGUAGUGCGAUUAUUCCCCGAUUAUACCGUUUCGUCCUCGUGAAGAAGGCAUUAUUUAUGGGUGCAUGGAUCGGUGGAUUUUCACAAGCGAAACAAAAGAGAAAGAUAGCAAGCAAUUUCGAAUUAAUACGAAGACAGUUCUCUUUGUUCGGACUGCGAUACCUCGAUAACGAUUUGUUCGAAUUUUAAAUCGUCAGUGAGGACGAUUACCGGAAGGAAGUUACGUACGUGGACACGAAAGUAUCCUGACGUCGUUAAAAGUGCGUGUAAAGGGUGUGAAAUGCGUCGCGCUGCAGUUCGAUGUUCGAUCCAGCAGCGGCGGACGACCUGACUUUGUCAGAUUGCUUCUUCGUCGCCGUCGUAUACACCUCUCUCGGCUUCAGUCCAACAAUGGAUCAGCGCAGUUGUGGUACGCGAUUCGAAAUUCUCUCCCGGUAUCGGACAUAAGACGGUAGAAAGUGAUAAUUCGUGAGCUUCGUUUUCCUAGCCGCGUUUAAUCGCUUUACUCGGCUGAUUAACGCCAAACAGUUAGCGGACAUUUCGCGCGUUCCGAAUGCGCCAUAGAUUUUGCACGUUAUUGACUUGGUCGAUCCGUGCAAUCGAUAAUAUUGCAUCACGUUAACGAGUUUCAUCGGUCGUGUUAUUUUUCUCAUUUCAAUCCGAUAUGCUUGUACAGUUGAAAAAAAAAAGCGACUAGACAAUCCGUAUACGUAGAAAUAUAUUGAGAUACACGUUUUUAUUAUAACGUAUUGCUUCCACUUGUUUAUAUGUGUAAGAACGAUUCUGCGCUUGAUACGAAGCGGAGCGGACUGUUUCCACCGCAAGAAUGAUCGACAUUUUAUCUACCCAUUGUUUCGAAUGGUAAUCAAGAACUUUCGAUAUUUACGCGAUAAUAAAUUGAGAUAGGUAUACGGUUGCAAGAGUUUCGCUUUCAUGUUACGUUCUAAGAAGAAUCAUUUCGAAAACAGAGCGGACAUUUAUGCGAAAGUCAACUAAAUGAUAAAGUAAGAGCGGAUGUAUACGCGCAAUAUAUAGAAUUUUGCCGGUCGUUAUGACAUCACGCGCGAAUGCAUCGAGCACCGUGAAAACGUGCAGAGAUCAUCGUGAAACGAAUUUACAUUGGUCCUAUGUUCUUUUUAACGAUCGUGUGAAUAGAAAUUGUCAGAUAUACUAUUGUGGCAGAGAAGAUUUUAUCGACGCGUAAUAAUGCAGCAACACCGAGUAGAAACGCAAAUACUCCAUGAGGAGCAAAUCCUGGAGGCAAUAGAUCAGUUGCGUCGACGAAAGGCGCGACCCGACGCUGAUCGCAUCUGCAACUACUUACUAAGGAAGUUUUCGGUAGAUGCACGGGACACCAUAGCCGAUCUUCAUCGGUUAAUCGAAGCAGAAAAAGUGAUACAGGUCGACUAUAAGGGUAAUACUAGUUACCGAAAUGCCUCGAAAUGGUCACGGUUACAGCUUUACAAAAAUCGACCGGAGGGUUUCGUCAAAGAGAAAUUAAACUCCGGGAUGGUAGCGGGUGCCGUGGCAGAACUCGUUGUCGAGGAGCCAGAUUACCUUGAUCAAGGUGUACCAGCUUACAGAUUGAUUGAACAGUUGCUUGAUGGUGUCUCAAAUCCUACUUCUAGACGUAUGGUAGAAGAUUUUCUUGGAAAAGAAGUAGCAAGUGGUAAUUUGACGCGUCUUUCUAACGGCAAUUACUCGUUGGUGGCGACGUCUGACAUGACAACCACCGCUGAGCCACAUCGAGAAUCUUUUACCCUUGAGAAUGGAAACGUGCGACGUAAGGAAUUACAAACUGUUUCAUCAACCACAGGUGGUCUUUAUGAUUUUGACGAAACAGAAAACCUGACGAUUACGGACUCUAGGUCGAAUACACCGAGGUCCUCGCGUCAGGCAAGCCCCAAAUCUGAUCCACAGAUCAGAAAAGAAGAAUGUUUCGAGAUAAUCGUUGGAAGAAACGAAAAUACCGAAUCAUCAGUAGAACACGAUUCUUCGAAAGAACGAGAACCGCAGGAGCCAUCGCAAACCUCCGUUGAAGACGUGAAAGAAGACUCAAAAAAUACGGAUAAUCAGACUCAUAACCUUAAAAGGUCGUCGAAAGCUGAGCGUAAACAGCGCCUACUAGUUCGAACAGACGACCCUAUGGACAUAGAGAUCAAAUUUGAGGACUACCAAAAAGAUAAUAAAGAAGAAAUAAAUUCGCAAAAAGAAAAGAGAGAAGAGACUGGACAUUUGAGCGAAGAACGAGAGGACGAGGAUGCGGGGAGAAGUUCCACUAAUCCUUCGCCUACGCCAUCCAACACUAAUGUUGGAGGCUUUCGUAGUGCUCGUAGAAAGAGAGCAAAAAAAGUAUUUGAUCCUUCUGACAAUAAUCUUGUAAAAAGAAAACGUGGGAGACAACCAGGCUCGCAAAAUAAAUCUUCUAUACCUCAAGAAUCGCAGGAUUCUUCUAAAACAACUGUUAAGGAUGGACCUUGUAGACAAUGUAGUCUUUGUGCCAAAGAAAAGCAAGAGACUUUAGUUGCUUGUCGUGAUUGUACUGUACGAGCACAUCCAAGUUGUAUUUAUAGUCCAGAAGAAAUGAUUCAAAAAGCAGGUAGCAAUUGGCAAUGUGAACGUUGCAAGAGUUGUACAAUAUGUUGUGAAACCUCAGACGCUGGACCACUUGCAACAUGUUUUACUUGUGAUGAUGCUUACCAUUAUUAUUGCCACACACCACGUAUAAUAAUUCCUAAAUCAAAUUCAAAGUGGCAGUGCAAUGAUUGUGUUCAAAAACAAUAUAAAACAAAUAUAAACCAGAAUAUUAAUCUGGUUACUAGCAGGCCUGAUACGCCAUCAAAUCCGCCUGUGUUACCCCCAGUUCUAAGUCCUCAAGUUUCCCCUGCUAGAGGAUCUUCCGACCAAAUGGAAGAUGAUGGUCCAAGAGAUGGAAUUGAUCCAAAUAUACCUGAUGCUUCUAAUUGGACAUCUGAACAAGUAUAUCAAUAUUUUGCAAGACUUUUUCCGAAAGAAGCAGAAGUAUUCAGACAACAGGACAUUGAUGGCAGUUCUUUAUUAUUACUGAAACGGUCUGAUGUGUUAAGUGGACUUGAUUUACUUCUAGGUCCGGCAUUAAAAAUAUAUAGACAUGUAUUAAAAUUACAAGUGAGAAGAGAUGAUCCAAAACUUUAUUGGCUGUAAAUGCUUUAAUUACUUAGGAUAAUAUUUAAACAAAGUUAAUUAUACUGUACAAAUUGAUUCCUUUUAUAUUUAAGAAUUAAAUAUUUUUUUGAUUCAGGAUACUUUUUUAUACUGUACAUAUUGUGGCUAUCUUGAAUUAAAAAAAUAAUUCUUUAUCAUAGAAAACUUCAAACUAACGUAAAAAAUAAUAAAAGAAUUUCAAAAUAGUUUUGUUUUUUGUACACAAUUUUUUGCAUUAAAUAGAUUAAAUGACUUACUAUUAAUGUAAACCUUCCUUAUUACAGUAGAAUAUACUUAUGUUCGAUGAUUGUAAUCAACAUUUUAAAAGGUGCUAAUCUUGUCACUUGUUACGUGUUAAAGUUAACUUCCUGUCUCAUAAUAAGAAUUCUAAAAAUUGUUCUGUUUGAAUAAAAUAGUGCGAAUAUGGAGUAUAAUAAAAAGUACUAUUUGCAUACCUUAUCUUUUUUUUUAUUUUUGCAGUGUAUAAUGAGAUAAUAAAUAUUAAUACAAUAAAUUAGCACUACCCUAUGUAAGGAACAUGA